CCUAAUUAAAUUCCCAGACUAUGCUUAGGAAAAUCAUGCACCCUGUGGCCUACAAAAAAACACAAGCGAACAGUUCUUUUGUAUCCAAACACAUUCCACAUAAAAUCAAUACGUUUGUCUCUUUCUAAUUUCAUCGUCUUGUUUUGUUUUUUUCAUUUUCUUUUGAUCUGUCAACCUUGUUCUCUCACACGAGGUUUUUACUUUUCCGAAACUUUGUAUUAUUCGCGAUUGAAAUUAAAUUAUUCUUUUUAAAAAACAACUUACAAAAAUAAAAUAAAAUGGGUAAACCUAAAUCAAAAAAACCCAAAUCAAAGAAGAAGGUAAAAUUACCUGAAAUCCAAGAACCAGUCGAGCUAGCACAAGCUCCACAUUCAUUCGUCAUCCAUCGUGGUCUAUCAUGCCCGUACAUUCAAGAUUUAACUUUGGAUUUUCGUCGCUUAAUGGAACCCUUUACCGCCUCCAACUUAAAAGAAAAGAAAGCAAACCGAAUUAAAGAUUUCGUCAGUUUGAGUGGUGUCUUCAGCGUAAGUCACAUGGGAAUAUUCAAUAAAAGAGCAACACAACUUUCAUUCAAAAUUGUUCGCAUGCCUCGCGGACCAACAUUGACUUUUAAAGUACAUGAAUUUACAUUGUCCCGAGAUGUAUUGACAUUAAAGAAACAACAAUAUGUUAAUGAGGAAAUGUUUCAACAUUCUCCUUUAGUUAUAUUGAAUAAUUUUACUGGGGAAGGAAAACACAUUAAAUUGAUGGCCAAUUCGUUUCAAAAUAUGUUUCCUUCCAUUAAUUUGGCACAAAUUAAUGUGUCAACUAUGAAACGAUGUGUACUUUAUUCAUAUAAUCCAGUGACGAAACUGGUUGAGAUGAGACAUUAUAGCAUUCAAAUAGUUCCCGUGGGACUUCACAAAGGAGUGAAGAAGAUUGUUCAGGGAAAUAUUCCUAAUUUAUCGAAAUGUACAGACAUUUCUGAUUUCUUCCUUCAAGGUGGAGGUGGUGCUUCGGAUUCUGAAAUGGAAGAUGAAGAUGAAGCCACAACUGUGAGAGAUGUUAAUCCAAAAAUUAAUUGCGAGAAUAAUAAGUCAUCCAUUAAAUUGCAUGAAAUUGGUCCAAGGUUGACUUUAGAACUUGUAAAAAUAGAAGAUGGACUCUUAACUGGAGAAGUUUUGUAUCAUUCGACAGUUUCAAAGACAAGUGAAGAAAUUGAAGCUAUACGAGCACAAGUUGAAAAGAAACGCAAACAAAAAGAAUACAAUAAAAAAGUACAGAAAGCAAACCAAGAGAAAAAUAAAUCAAAGGAUAAUCCAAGGAAGAAGGGUUAUGUUCCAAAUGAUAGAGAAGACAUGGAAGAUGAUCGAGAUGAUGAAUACUAUAGGCAGGAAGUUGGAGAGGAACCUGAUGAGGAGAUAUUUAGAACGAAAGAUACAAAGUAUAGAAAGAGGAAGCACUCAAAAUGAAGUGUUGUUUAUGUUGACGAAUAAAUAUUUUUUUAGUAUAUAAA